AUGUUCAUCCGCGUCGUGGCCAUCCUCGCCACCGCGGCUUUGGCUCUGUCCGCUGCGCCCCCCGACCCCUGUUACGAAGACGGUCGACCAAGACGCUGCAUACCGGAUUUUGUUAAUGCAGCUUUUGGAAACCCGGUAUUAGCAUCUUCUAUCUGUGGAAAGCGCGGGCCUGAGCGUCUCUGCGAUCCACCUGGAGAUCAGAACCCAGAAAACGCGUGUCGAGUUUGCGAUGCUGCUAGGUCAGAUAGACGGCAUCCACCGGCUCAUUUAACUGAUUUGAACAACCCUCACGACGUGACCUGCUGGCGAUCUGCGGCACUGACACCGGCAUCCUAUGAUUCGCCACCAGAUAACGUUUCUUUGACUCUUUCUUUGGGAAAGAAAUAUGAACUAACUUACGUCAGUCUUCAGUUUUGUCCCAAAGCUGCGAGACCUGACUCUGUGGCGAUUUAUAAAAGCGCGGAUUACGGAAUAACUUGGCAGCCCUUCCAGUUCUACUCGAGUCAGUGUAGAAGGGUAUAUGGACGGCCCAAUAAAGCGACAGUUACCUCGGCAAAUGAGCAGGAAGCUAGAUGCUCAGAUUCUCAUAGAUUAGGCGAGAAUUCUGGUGCAGCUAGAUUGGCAUUUAGCACUCUGGAGGGUCGUCCGAGCGCUGCCAACUUCGAUGUAUCACCGGUUUUACAAGACUGGGUGACGGCUACUGAUGUCAGAGUCGUUUUCAAUAGAUUACACAUGGUCAACGAGGGUGAUGAGGUAGACAACAAGAAGCAGGCGGCGGCGGGUACGCAGCAUUACGCAGUUUCGGAUUUCGCGGUCGGUGGACGGUGUAAAUGUAACGGGCAUGCAUCCCGAUGUAUACCUACAAAGGGCGAGGAUGGACAGACGAUGCAGCUGGCCUGUGACUGCAAGCAUAACACGGCAGGACGGGACUGCGAGCGAUGUAAGCCCUUCCAUUUCGAUCGGCCCUGGGGACGCGCUACGGCGAGAGAUGCUAACGAAUGCAAAGGUUUGUACUCAAUUUCUUUGAAAAAAAAAUAUUGUGAAUAA